GUGCUAGGGUGCGGUUCUCGCCUGGAUCGCGUGGUGAUUCCCGCGUGUGUGAAAUGUUUGGGCAGUGUGUGGUGCGCUAGGAAGCAUGACAAGUGCGACACACUGGUCUGGCCUGAUGGCCAAGGUUACUCUAGCUACUCUUGCUACUACACUGGCCAUAUGGGCCAUCGUGGCCAACCCUGGCCAAUCUUCUAGUCACUUGACCCUAUGGAACGGGGAUGAUGCCGCUUCAAGUGGACGAACAGCCAAAGUGAGGAGGUCGAGCGGGGAGGCGGAGCUGGCGUACGUGACGCCCGCGGCCGACAGCGCGCCCGUGGAAGGCGGCGGCGGGCGCGGCGAGGGCGGGCGGGUAUACAGGUGGGAGGCGUGGGGGCGGGCUUGGGCUAUUCGGGUGUGGCCGGACUCCGGCUUUAUUGCGCCCUCCAUGCUGCUUCGCAAGGAGGGCGUCCGCGAAGCGAGGGUGGUGCCGCCCACCUCCCACGCCCGCUGCUUCCACACGGGCGUCGUCCUCGGAGCCGCGGACUCGGCUGUGGCGCUCAACAUCUGCGACGGACUGCGUCAGCGCGUCACGGCCGUCUCUGCAAGCACAAGAGGGCCGGCCCGUAGGAGGCUGAGCUCAGCAGUUGCACGCAGUGAGUCAGCGCAGAAGGUGCUGAGGUCCUAA